AAUUCUUUUUCGUUUGUUGUAUAAUACGUCUUAAAUCCAGUUAAAAAUAUGUAUAAGUUUUGUAAAGUAGUAACACCGGCAUAUAGUACUCAAGGUCAUUCAAUUAAGAUUAGUUUCAACAGAAGUUUUGUUUCUGUAUGAAUACUCUAUGGUUUACGGAUGACAGUAAUCUUCAGAAUUGUCAAAAACUGCAUGUUUAUUUAAAAUUUGUACGAGAUGCAAAUCGUGUCUUCCAUGAUUCCAGGGGGGAUUAUGAACUUUGUACAGAGCGUAUGAUUAAAAAUACGACGGACAAGCUGUAAGCUAUGGCACCAGGAAAAUCAAGUGAUAAUGCCGGAAAUCUUUUAAGAAAUUCCCCUCAAAUUGCAUCCAGUUUAACAAAUACUCCAACACCAUUUCCCACUGUGAGUAACCAGUUAGGAAAUCCACCACCAAUACCACCACGUCAACCAGCUCAAAAUUAUUCUGGAUUUAACGAUUAUAGAUUAUAUGGGUCUAAUUACUAUGGUGGUUAUGGGUACGGACUUGGAAAUCAAUAUAGGGGACCCAGUGGGUUUGGAGGGUAUAGUUCAUAUGGUUGUAGCCCAUAUUCUAAUUAUAACAAUUACGGAAUGUUUAAUAAUCACAGUGGCGAUGCUGAAAAUAGAUUUUUUCAAUAUUUCGAAGAAAGUACAAGACCAACUUUUCAAUUAAUUGAAACAGUUGUACAAACAUUUUCAUCCAUAACUGUGCUUUUAGAAUCUACAUAUUUCACUUUAACAAAUUCAUUUAAAGCAAUUUUAAGUGUUGCAGAAAAUGUUGGAAGAUUACGUUCAACUUUAGGACAAUUGUUUAGUACUUUUGCUCUGAUUAGAUUUGUAAAGUGGUUGUACAGGAAAAUCGUACGCAAUAAUGGUUUUGAACAUGAAGGUUCUAUGAAUGAGGAAUUAUGGAAAAAAUCUUUGGCAAAGAUCGGAAAUGAAAAUGUUAAUACUUCUUUCUGGUCUGGAUUUUUAAUAUUUAGCGUAUUUUUUGUAAUACCUUACAUGAUUCACAAAAUCACAAAUAAUAUUAAAAAUGUUCAAGUAAAAGGUAAGGAUCCAAAGGAUUGGUACCAAUAUGAUCAACCGGUAUUUGUUGCAACUGCAUUGUAUGAUUUUACCGCAUCAAACAACGAGGAAUUGAGUCUAAGAGCUGGUCAGAAACUUUAUCUUGCGCCACAAGCGUUGCAACCAAAAAAUAUGCCAGGAUGGUGCAGAGCAACUGACAAUGCAAAUGUUGGUCUCAUUCCUUACAAUUACAUUAAAAUUAUAGGACAAUUGAAAAAACGAAACGAAAGUGAUGUAAUUUCUUUAAACGAAGAAAAAUCUUGCACUAAUGAAAAUUAUUAUAGAAAUACUAAAGAAAAUUCUGAGAUUUAAAGAAAAAAUACAAUCCAUUAAAAAAACUGAUGUGUAUAUGACAACUUACAAUAAUAAGUAGGAAUCAUAGCCCAUAACAUUUUUUAUUAUUUAAACUUCUACAUUUGUCAGUGAUUUUUAUAUUUGUUACUUAUUUUAAAAAAUACAAACAUUUUGUUUAAUGAAUGUAAAUAGAAAUUAUCAAAGGGGGGAUAAAUAUCCGAUAAAAGUAAUUAAGUAUUUUAGAGAAAUUAUUUAUUUUAAAACAAACACAAAAAAACAAUUAAAUGUCAUACAACUGGAAUUAUAUAUUUAUAGAUAUUUAAAAUAAAAUGAACAAAUCAA